GAAGGCAGUUCUAGAAAAGUAAAAACAAGAAAGUGCAUUGUGUUGUGUUGUUCAUUUAUUUUCUGUCGUAUUUUUUAGCGAAUUAUAGUAUUCAUUUUAUGUUAUUUCUGAUUAAUUAUUAUCAUUGAUUAGUUAAAGAAUUCAGGCUGAUUAAAUAGUGUGACUACGCAUCGUCAGGAGGAAGGUACUCGUCAACUAUAUCGAAUAUCUUCUGUCCAACCAAUCCAUAUUUACAUAUAUAGGUGCAUAGCUAGUAGAGUCAAUAGUCAGAUCAGAUACCACGUUUUCGCCAGCUGGUUGGUGGCCGGCUAGUCGAGUGCUCCUACGGUGCCAGCUUUGAAGAAGGAUCAACAAUUCAUCCCAUCUGCGAGCUCUCGUCCAGUGGGGCGCUACCAUUUUAUAUGACUUUAGCAAGAUAUACAGAGACAUCAGUACAGCGUGAGGAGAGUGGUCGGUUUGUCGCGGCGAAGGGUGUCGGCUGCCGACGAGCGUGCAUGACGCUUCACACACUCAGUAAUACUGCCCGCAGAAGAUCAAAGUUUUGCAGUAACAGGCAUCGGAAGCUGCUGCCGCUGCGGCAGACGUGACUGGCGCGCGCCGCGGGUACCCUGAGCCCGCCGCUCUAUGCCGCUCCGCGCGAGCUAGCCCGCCGCCGACCCGCCACCGCACCGACACGAGCCACACUGCGCCCGGUCCAGUGUAAAAUAAAAAUAAACAACCAUCAGGAAUAAUUAGUUAGGUUAUAUAUAAUUAAGUACCGGUCGCGCCAUGGGGUCCGUGAACGUGAACCGCAACGUGGCGGACGCGUUCUACCGCUACAAGAUGCCGCGCAUCUGCGCCAAGGUGGAGGGCAAGGGCAACGGCAUCAAGACCGUCAUCGUCAACAUGCCCGAGGUGGCCAAGGCGCUGGGCAGGCCCGCCACGUACCCGACGAAGUACUUCGGCUGCGAGCUGGGCGCGCAGACCCAGUUCGACUACAAGAACGAGCGCUUCAUCGUCAACGGCAGCCACGACUCCGCCAAGCUGCAGGACCUGCUGGACGGGUUCAUCCGCAAGUUCGUGCUGUGCCCCGAGUGCGACAACCCGGAGACGGAGCUGAUCGUGUCCACGAAGCGCAACACCAUCUCGCAGGGCUGCAAGGCGUGCGGCUACCACGGCGUGCUCGACUUCAACCACAAGCUCAACACCUUCAUACUGAAGAACCCGCCCGCCGCCGACCCCAGCAUGCAGGGUUCGUCUCUCACGGAGGGGAACCGUGGCAAGCGGUCCAAGCGCAGCGGACCCGCCGCCAAUGGGAACCAUGAUGGGGAGAACCAUGACGCCAAGAACGAGAGCGACGCACCAGUCACUCCCACAACUCCCAACCCGAAGGAGAAGAGCAAGAAGGACAAGAACAAGGCGGCGGACGACGACGACGACGACGGCAACUGGACGGUGGACGUCAGCGAGGCGGCUGUGCGCGCCAGGAUGCAAGAUCUGACGGAGGGCGCGAAGAGCAUGACGCUGUCGGAGGACAGCGAGAAGAACGAGAAGCAGCGCAUGGACAUGUUCUACUCGUUCCUCAAGCAGCGCGCCGACGCCGGCGACGUGGAGGGCUCCAAGGCGGUCAACGACAUCUUGCACGAGGCGGAUCGGCUGGAGGUAAAGUCGCGCGCGCUGCUGGUGGCGUUCGAGGUGCUGGUGGGUGGCAACACGCUGGCGGCGGACGUGAAGAAGCACCGCGCGCUGCUGCUGCGGCUCGCCCGCGCCGACCCCAAGGCGCCGCGGGCGGCACUGCACGCGCUCACCGCGCUCGCCGCCACCAACGCGGCGCUGCUGCCCAAGGUGCCCGCCGCGCUCAAGUUGCUGUACGACCUGGACAUCGUGGAGGAGAAGACGAUCCUGGAGUGGGCCGCCAAGCCGUCGCGCAAGUUCGCGUCCAAGGAGGUGGUGGCGGACGUGGUGCGGCGCGCGCAGCCCUUCAUCGACUGGCUGCAGCAGGCCGACGAGGAGGACUCGGACGACAGCGAGGAGGACAUCGAGAUCGAGUACGACGACCGCGCCAAGGUGACUCCUAUCAAGGCGGUGGCGACGCCUGCGCCGGCGCCGCGCCCGCAGCCCGAGGACGACGGGGAGAUCGACGUCGACAUCGAUGCCAUAUAGACGCGCCCAUGUACCCCCACCCCUACCCCUACCGCACCUCCCCCCAGUAGUUCCACACGCACGACAUUUGUCAACGUAUGCUAUUGAUACCGUCAGUGAUUUUUUUUAAUUCAUAUAAAAGGAUCACUUUAAAAUAGAUAUCUAUACUUGGAUAUAGAUUGGGAUGAUUUGAUCGCCUUCUGAUGACUGUCGGAUAGUUACUUCACAAAUUUUGUCUUUGUCAUUAUAAUAGAGAAAAAAGAUUUGUAUUUUCUUUAUGUAAAUAAUUUAAAUUUCGCUUUUCAUAUAUUAGCAUAUUUACAUUUGAAACUGUUGGCUUAAAAUAUUAUAAUUAAAUUAUAAAAAAGGAAAUUAAUGUUAACUUUGAAUCAAACACUGCAUAUUGAAAGAAAUAUAACACAUUUUGCAGUCUAUCGAAAGUCACAUUACAGAACUUAAGAUAAACCUUAUAAAUAAACCAAUAAAAUCCAAUGUUCUUGAUCGCUUAUCCAAUCAAGCUUUAGACAAAAAGAACAGUUUAUUUACAAGCCUUGCCCUGAUAUUUAAAAUGUUGAUGAAAUCAAAAAUGAUACAAUGCAAACGUAUGAAACGGGUGAAACCGCGUACAGUCUACUAGUUUGAUAUAAAGUAAACUAACUUGCGAUUAGACUAUCCGAGACUUAUCAGAAUGUGUACACUGCCCCUUAAUAUUAUGUGUUAAUUAUUGAUUAACAAAUAAUAUUAAGGGGCAAUUCGUAAUUAAUAAUUACACAUAAAUAGUUAGAACUAAAAAUAAAACUCUUUAUUAUAAUAAAGUUUUUUAUUUUUGAAUACUGGCGAUGUCAAUGCAUACGCAAAAUGUUAUAAACUUUAAAUAAACAAUUUUCCUCCCCUCCUAGUUCAAUGGAACAUGUUACCAAUAAGCUUAGCGUAGAAGUCGACGUGCGCUGCAUUUUUACUGUAAACAUUACCUAAUAGUAGUCGUUCUACUUGUAAGUAAAAUUAGAAACAUUUUAAAUCUCAAAAACUAACGAACGUAGGACAGAGAAACAGCUUCUGGUAAAAAAAGAACAUUUGUCUUGAAAUACGUUGAUUUAUACAUUUAAUUAAAUCUCUGGUAACAAGAAAUUGUUACUAAAUUAUUUUAAAGUACAAGGGCUAUAAAAUAGACUGGAAAGUUGAUUCCAGAUCCAAUUUUUGCUAUUACUAAAACUAGUAAUAGCAAAAAUCUAUCUCCAAAUAUUGUACAAACAAACGUACAAAAUUUGGAGAUAGCUUUGCAAAAACGUUUGUAUUAUAUAAUAUGGUGAAAACCGUUGUAUGUAAAUGAUGAAAAACAAUUAUUAUAUUAGUUUGUUUAAUUACUUUUACUAAAGAAGCUGAUUCUCUACAAUUUUGGGACAAUUUAAUCUAGAUAUUUUAAAACUUUCAAUAGUGUAUUAUGCAUUUUUAUUAAGGGUGUGUUCAGACGGCAAAAAAUUGACGUGCGGUUAAACUUGCAGAGCAUCCAUGUUAAGUUUGUGUUACACCAGCAUCGUGUUUAACACUGAAGUCAUUUCUGAGUGAUUUCAGCCAUAUUGCAGCAUCUAUAUCUAUAUAUAGAUAUACUGGAAUGUCACAUGUUUGUCUACAAAUAACUACAUAUUUAAAACCAUCGUUUAAGUAAUACUUAGUGUUAUUUUAAAGCUUGUCAAAUCAAAUAAUUAAGUUGUUGAAAUUGAACUAUUAAGUAACAAAAACUAAAAUAUACUUUUGUAUUUAAAAAAAAAAGAUUAUUAUUUGUAACUAUACUCAGAGGCACAAAUAUCCGCCCACUUUAACAUGACGUGAGUAUAUUAAAGUGGGCGGAUAGUUGUGCCUCUGAGUAUACAAUGAGCGAAAACGUGCGGCUACAACAAUUGCCGUCUGAACAUGACGAUUACAAGCGGCGCUAUAUUUUAGCGGAUGUUUUAUAAAAUUGCCGUGCAAAUUGAUUCUUAAUACGAUAAGAUAUUUAUAGAUGUAUCAUAGCCGUGUACCCGUAUAGUAGUCUGUAGCGAUGUAUCGAUAAAUGUGCUUUGGAAACUGGCGGACACUCGUUUAUUGUUACUUUCAUUAUUACAAUAAAGAAUAUACCUAAUAAAUAAUGGAAAAAUAUGCAUUGGAACCUUGUAUGUAUUUUUAAACAAUAAAACAUAAAAUAUGGUUUAUUUACACGGAUUAUUAAUGUUAUUAAGAUGCCAACCUUGGUACCUUUUCUUUUAUACAGAAAAACCAUAAAUGAAAAACUAAAUUACUCAAGAUUGUAAUUAUUUGAUACAAGAGACAUGAUGUUGUGGUAAUAAAUGAAAUAUUGAUUUUAUAAUAUAAAGUAACAAUUCAUGAUGUGUUUCGCUUAUAAGGCCAGGGUGAACUAAAAAUCACCCUUUUCUCUAUCCCCCGUUAUAUGUUCCUAAAAAUUGCAUAGUUUUUUUUUUAUUUUGAAUACAAUUUUAUUGUUUUGGGAUGUAGUUUUAUACUGGAAUAACAUCGAGGUUGGUCACGUGAUCUCUAUUCGAAUGAAUCAAUACUUGAGUCACAAAAUGUGUGUGACUGUAUUUAUUAUCUAUAAAUAACACAAAAUAUAGCUGAUUACGUAUAGUAAUAAUUGAAAAAAAAAAUAUGUAUAUUAAUUUAGUUUAUAGUUUAAUUUUUAAAUUGGCAACAAUUACGCACGAAGUUGAUUAAAAGUUUUUUUUUUUUUUACCUUUUAAAUAUAUUCUUUAUUCAAAUAUAUUAUUUUUUAUAUUGUGAAACUGAUUAUACAUUUUCCUGCAUUUGUAAAAUCAAUUGGUCUAUAGCUCAAAAAGACUGGAACCCACAAAUCGUACCACUAAAUUGUGCAGCCACUGAAAAAUUGAAAUAAUAAGUCCCUUCAUCGUUUUUCAUCGUAUUUUUGUAAUUGUGAUCAUCUAACAUAGUUAUUUCAACGAAAUGAUCUUGAUUACGUCAUUUUACAUCAAGUGGCGGUGAUUUUUCGUUUUACGAUCAUCUAACAUGAUUAUUUCAACGAAAUUACGUAAAAGAAGAUACUCAUGUCAUUUCGUUGAGAAUACGAUGUUAGAUAAUUGCUUAUACGAAAAUAUGACGAAAAACGAUGUAGUGACUUAUUAUAACGAUGUAGUUCAGAGUUUGAUCGAGUUACAUAAUAAGCUUGCUGAAAAGAGUUAGAACCUAAAGGAAUUAUAUUAAUUCGAUUAUAGAACAUUGAUUUUACAUUUCCUAGAACAUUUUCAUUGAUUCUUUGGCGGAACGCGUUUCUACAGACGUGUUCAUCAAUUUUUAUGUAAUUUAGAUUAAUUUGUGAAGUAAAGUGGAGACGCGUGAGGUUUUGAAAUACAGUUUGUUGGUCAGUCGGUAAGUCUGUCCGUGCCAACGGACAUUUUGAGAACUAUUAACUAAUAGAAUAUUAUGAAAUUGCCACCUGUCGAUUUUAUCGGAUUUGUUUUGUAUUCAAUACAUUUGGAUUCUACAGAAA